UGACGUCAGUUACAAGCUCGCUCUUCCUCUCUGCUAAUUUUAGUUUCAUUACCGGCAGCUCCUCGGUUAGACGGCUGAAUGUGCUGAUAAAUACUUAUAUAUGUUUUUUGUAACCUAACUAUUUAAAUAAAGACACAAUUUUGGGGGAAGAGAUGGAGUUCAGACAGCAGCCAGAGGUCAGGAUGCGAGGGCCCCUGAUGGACCCCAGGGACCCUGGUCUGUUAUUCGAUGACACUAGCGCUGGAGGGAACAGACACGAGCCCAGCGGUGUGGGGAACGGCCCUGAUGUGUGUCCUGGACAGGCUUUGCUCUCGGACCCCAUGUCUAACCUGGCCUUGGUCUACGGCAGCAGCCUGGCCUCGCAAGGCAAAGAGAUGAUGGACAAGAACCUGGAUCGGUUCAUCCCCAUCUCCAAGCUGAAGUAUUAUUUUGCGGUGGACACUGUAUAUGUGAGCAAGAAGCUCGGGCUGCUGGUGUUUCCCUACAUGCAUGACAACUGGGAGGUGAGUUAUCAGCAGGACACUCCUGUCGCCCCGCGCUUUGAUAUCAACGCCCCCGAUCUCUACAUCCCUGUGAUGGGCUUCAUUACGUAUAUCCUGGUAGCAGGACUGGCUCUGGGCACACAGAACCGGUUUUCUCCGGAGAUCUUGGGCAUUCAGGCCAGCUCGGCGCUGGUGUGGCUCAUCAUUGAGGUUUUGGCUGUUCUUCUCAGUCUGUAUCUGGUGACGGUUAACACUGACCUCACCACCAUCGACCUGGUGGCCUUUUCUGGAUACAAAUACGUCGGGAUGUUUGUGGGAGUGUUAGCAGGACUUCUGUUCGGCCGGACGGGGUAUUACCUCUCGCUGCUCUGGUGCUGUGUCUCUAUAUUUGUUUUUACGAUUCGCACAAUGCGGUUAAAGAUCCUGUCUGAAGCAGCUGCAGAGGGUCGGUUAGUGCGAGGAGCCAAAAACCAGCUGCGAAUGUACCUGACGAUGGCCAUCGCUGCAGCGCAGCCCGUCUUCAUGUACUGGCUGACCUUCCAUCUGGUCAGAUAAGAGCCACUGAUGACGUAGAGGAGCAGCUGUGUUGUUUCAAGCAGUCACAAACAACUGUAGAGACAUGAGGCUAUUUGCACACACGUAAUAAACCAAUGGACACACAUUGUGCAGCUUCACAGCACAAAACCUGAAUCUGAACUGUAAUUGCCCAGCGUUCUUUUGUAUGUCUUUGGUUUGUACAUUUCUAGGAGUUUCUGUUGACUUUUGAUUUGUAUAAUGUACAGUGUAAUUGUAUUAUUAUAAUUUUUUUUAUGUAAAACUGUGAUUAUGUUUGCAAUCGAAGGCCGUUGUCUAGAUGCUGUGGCUUGAGAAACAUCAGUCUCCUCUCCUGCCAUGAAUGUGACUUUUAGAUGGCCCCAAACCAAUGACACUGGCUUCAUAUGAUGUCUGUGGUGUUUGCGCGUUGAUUUCUUUUAAACCAGUAAAGUGCUUUGUCCAUGUUGGCAUGCUAACAGACAGAUAAAGAUACAGUCUUAAGGUUA